AUGGCCAGUGAGUGUUUCAACACGUCUUCCAAUGGAGGGACAAAGGAUGACGGAGAAAGACAAAGUGUCCUUGACUUGCCUGUUGGAGGUGAGCAUGGAAGUGUGGCUCUCUACAGAACUGAAGGACCAUUUCUGCACAGCGUCCGUCUGUCUACGGCUCCAGAAAGAGUGCAGGCUGGGAAGACUUUUGUCAUGGAGGUUUCUGGAAACCUGGCCGGACGCCCCAACCAGCCCACAGGGAUUCUGGGUCUGGGAGAGCAGGACUUCUCUUAUGUCACUGUUGAGUUUCAGGAAAUGACCCCUAAAGGUCAAAGUUCACAUAAUGUCAACGUGUUGGAUGACGGCUCCUUUCUUGUGUCAUCUGAUUGGAAUUUGAAAACUCCAGGAAAAUAUGAACUAACCGUCAGUGUCUCCAACCCCCUCUCAACAGCCUCCUCCACCCUCCACCUCUCUGUCUUGCAGCCCUCUGCAGACGGCUUAGUGGUCUCUGUGCUUCAUGGACCCCUGAGUGUCCCCCCCUGCAUCCCUUUCCCACAGAAGGACUGCAGCAGUGUGAGUGUGGAGGCAGCAUACCUGGGUGAGCCUGUCACACUGCAGGCAGCACUUGGCAGCGGUCCGACAGUGGAGUUUCUUUGGUGGACUACUCACAAGAAAAAAGAGAAAAACAUGGAGAGUGUUGAGACAGUUUGCCUUCCCAACUCAGACUGUUUGAUCAGCACAGUGGUGGUCGUGCCUCUCGCCGUCUCUGACCUCAGCGGUAGUGUUUCCGUGAAUCAGCUGACUUCCAUAUGUGCCCUGAGGUCUUCUGGGAGUUGGAAGUCAGCAGUUUCAACACACACAGAAUUCAACCUGGAGGUUGUCGGCCCUGCCAGCCGAAUGGGGUCGGGAGUUAUUUGGACUUUCAGUUUGGAUAAUAGUCCUGGGAUGAGCAGGAGAACUGAAGAGUGGAACCUGAAUGUGUCUCUUACAAUAGCAGGCCGUUACAAAGUGGCAGUCAAGGCCUUCAACCCAAUCAGCUGGGCCUCAUUCUGCACACACAUCCUCGUUCAAGAGCCAGUUGGAGAGUUAUUAUUGAAUGUUCCCAGCGUGCUCACGACAAAUCGAAAGCACCCAGUUUCAUUUAGCGUCACAGCGGGGUCGAAUGUGACCGUGUCUCUGCUGGUGAAUGCAACGCUGCUGUACAGCAACAGCAGCUACGCUACAGGAGAGGACACGGUGGUGGUUUUGAUUUUCGACCACACCGGGACAGUUGUGGUUGAGCUUCAAGCGGAAAACCGAGUGUCUUCUCAGAACAAAAGCGUGAGAGUGUCUGUUGAGGGGAACAGGAAGUCGUCACCACAAGUUAGGAUUAAUCCAAUGUGGCAAGCAUCUACGAGUCAAAGUCCUGUUCACAACCUGGCUGACAAUGUGCGGAUUUAUGCAGCAAAGCAAGCUUAUCCCACAAAUACAGAUAUAACCUUCCUGGCCAUGGCUGGAGUAGCAGACGCGGUGGAGUUCCUCUGGCACUUUGGAGACUCAAGAUCAGAAAGAACCACCUCAAGAACCGUCACCAAAAGAUACCACAAACCUGGCCGGUAUGCUGUAGUUGUCGUCAUGUCAAGAGGCCGGACCUCCCUUACCUCCGAUGUGUUCCCACUGGUAGUCCAGAGGUCAGUGAAGCUCAACCGGCUGGUCCACCAGGCGUCUGUCCUGCAGAACCAAACGGUGGCGGUGAGCUGCCGGCUCAAUGUGGGUACUGACGUCACCUUCCUCUGGAGCUUUGGAGAUGGCUCAUCCAGGCUGGGACAGAGCACAGAGCAGCAUGUCUUCCACAGGACAGGAGAGUUCAGAGUGGAAGUAACUGUGUCUAACCUGGUCAGUUCUGCCUCUCUAAGUGGUCACAUCUUUGUUGUGGACCGGUCUUGUCAGCCUCCCCAAGUGAAAAACAUGGGGCCUCGAAAACUACAGGUGCGAAGAUAUGAGGUUAUCCAUCUGGGAGUGACCUAUGAGACGGAAGUUGACUGUGACAUUUCAGGAGGCCUUCAUUACACCUGGGCCUUGUUUGACUCUGCAGGCCGAGCCUUCCCUUUGCCUCUAGUAGACACACGCAGACAGAGCCUCAUGCUGCCCAGCCAUCUCCUGCACUAUGACACAUAUACUGCCAUAGCUAGGGUUCAAGUCGCUGGCAGUGUGGUGUACAGUAACUACAGUGUGAGAGUGCAGGUGAUACCGAGCCCUCCUGUUGCCUUCAUCCAGGGCGGCACCAACAUCUUCAUUAACAACCGUAACAACACAGUGGUAACCCUGGACGGGCAGAGGUCUUACGACCCAGACUUCCCCUUGAACCCAGUCAGCUUCAGCUGGACGUGUAAACCCGUCAGCACCAUUACCAGCUCCUGUUUCCUCCAUGAUGUUCCCACUUCGUCCCCUGUGCUUGUAUUUCCUGCUAGUUUCCUAAAACACAACUUUGACCAGUUCCAGUUCUCGUUCAACAUCCACAGCGGUGAGCGUUCAGCUUCAUCAGAGAUCUUCCUCACAUUAACACCAAAUGUGAUCGGGAAGGUGUCAGUUUACUGCCCUCAGUGCCAGGGAGAGCAGGUGAACUGGCAUCAGUCUUUCUCUGUCAGCGCCUUGUGUGAAGGCUGUGAUAUUUCUCCAGAACACAUCCAGUACACCUGGAGCCUGUACCUGGUCAAUGCAUCAUCCAAGCCUGUCAUAGAAGUGCCAUUUUGUUACACAGUGGACCUCAGUGCUCCGUCUACCAUCAUGGAGGGUCCUGCCACUCAGACUCCUGGGACUUCCACCCAGCCUCCACCUGCUGCAGAUUGGAUCGAACCUGAGCCUUCGCCGAUCUCUUCUCUCGUGGACAUAAGAACAGAAGGACCAGGAGAGGAGCCCUUUCAUCCCCCCCUGGGGGAGUUUGACCCUCCAAAGCCAUUGUACUCCUCCACUGAAUACCUGCCACUUGCCUUUGACAACAGUGGCGUCCUAUAUUCAGACCACUUUCUCCAGGGUGACGUUAUCAGUGAAUUUCCAAUUGAUUCUGACUCCUCUGCCGACUGGGAGUUUUAUUUUCCUCUCUUGGAGAGCGGUGACUUGGGAGGUCAACAAGGUGUGGAUGGUGAGAGCUUCAGUCCAGGAGAUGAUUCAUUUCAUGACCCAGCAUUACCUGACGACGAGGGGAAUAAUCUGAUGGAUUCCAGACCAUCCGUUGUGAUCCAGGAGCCAGUUUUGCUCGAUUUACCCAGAGACCUAGUAAACAGAGGCCUUUUUGAGUCCUACACUGACACGGGCAUUUCCUCCCCUUUGCUCCGCUUCAGACCAUUCAGUCUGUUUCCUGGGAGCAGAUACAUGUUGCAGAUCACUGCCAAAUCUCAUGACGGUUUUCUGGGCCGGACUCAGCUAUUCAUAAAAACCAACUCUGCUCCAAAAGGUGUGACAUGCCAGGUGCAACCAGUCAAAGGGAGGGAAUUAUAUACACACUUCAGCAUCUUCUGCAGCUCAGGGAAAGAGGACUUACUGUACGAGUACAGUGUCAGUGUGGGAGACGGACCUCCUAGGACACUGUAUAAGGGGAAAGACUUCCAGUACUACUUCAGCCUUCCUUCUGGUGACCCCAAUGAUGACCAUAAAGUAACUAUUUACACAGAGAUCAAAAGCAGCAUGUAUGGGGCGGCCUCUAAACCUUGUCCCGUCACCGUCCGAGUCCAACCAAGCUUCUUCAGAGAUGCCUCUUCUUCCCAUCUUAAUCCUGACCUGGAGCUUUCCGAGUCAGGUCUGAGAAACCUCUCAGCUCUGGUGCGACUUGGAAACAGUGUGGAGAUUCGUAACUACGUCAGUCUUCUCUCCAGCAUCCUCAACAGACUCAGCCUCGACGCGAAGGCCGACACACGCGCACAGGAACGCACACGCAACGUGCUCAUUUGCACGGUGUGUGAACUAGAGAGAAGUGGACAGGUAUCAAUGGUGGACAACAUCUGCAUUCUGAAAAACCUUUUAGAAGUCACGAGUCAGGUGACAUUAGCGAGUGCAAGACGAGUGGCGGUCCACGUUCAGAUCAUCUCCGAACUGUUUUCCAGUGCUCCCGUCUGGUACUCUCAAAAGACCCUCAACACCCUGGUGGCCCUGCUCUCACGCAGCCUGCAGGCUGCUCUCACUAGUCAUGACUUCACACCUGAAAUGUCCACCAGUGGUGACAUUACACAGACAUUAGAGUCAGACCCACAUGAUGAAAUACAAGACUCACUCAGUGGUAUUUCCAUGGACCAAGGAUUACCGAUUUCAACAAAGCAGGCGCUGCAGCUUGUAGCUGAUAUUCUCCAGACUGCUUCAGACCUGAUGCUGAAGUACAUCUUGUCCCAUGAGGCCCAUGAGCACAGAGUCGGCUCUGGUCUUAUCGCCUUAUAUGUCGCAUACCUCAACCAAACCUCCACAGUCCUCAGAAGUGGCUCAACCAUCUUCUACAUGCCCGACUCCCUGAUCCAGCUUCUGGUUGUUCAUCGCAGUAGAGAUCCUGAAAGCCGACCGCAUCGGCUGUGUGUGCUCAGCGUGCUGACCGAGCUCACCCACAGCCCUUACACCUGGGCCUACUAUCCUGAAACGCUGAGUGGACCAGUGGUUGACCUCAGUCUUUACAAGUGCAGCUCGAAGAGAAAGAUCCCUGUUCGCUCCCUCAUUCAGCCAAUAAACAUCCAGCUGCAACAACCACCACGAAACAGCUCUGAGCCUGGGUACGUCCUCCUAUGCAGCCAGAUCAACUACCACACCUUCAACAUUACCCAGGAGCACUUGCGGCAGGCCAUCCAGCUGAGUGUGGUGUUCACGCAGCCGCUCAACAAGGUGUUUCCCAUCAUGCUGCUCUUCAGGAUGUUUGAGAGGCCGACUCCCAGCAUGCACCAUCUGCACAAGAUUCACCACUGGGAGAGCAACGCCACACGGUUCACUCUGCCUCCAUCCUACCUCAGUGCUGCAGGGGUUGGCCACCUGGCCCUGCUGAAUGCUGAUUUUGGGGAAACCCCAAGACACAAGUACCUAAGUGAACAAGUCCGCUACAGUCUCACAGUGGACAGCAGCCUGUGUUUGUCCUGGGACGGCCACCAGGGGGCCUGGACACACCUCGGCUGCAGCACGCAGCAAGCAGAUGCAGCUACUGCAGUCAACUGCAGUUGUCACCAGUUGAGGCCGCUGACUGUGGUGCGGCAGCAGAUCCACAGCAGCCAUGACACAACGGAUCUGGACCCGUCCCUAAGUGUGUCCAGUGAUCUGACUGUGCUGGGCGUGCUGGUGCUCUGCGUAUGCCUGUACAUCCCGGGGUUGGUGGUGUGUAAGAGAGCUGACGUUGUCUCUGAGGCGAACCAGAGAAUACACUACCUUUCUGACAACUCUCCAGGUGAUCCGUACCUGUAUGCUGUUACAAUCCACACUGGCCUCUGCUCUGCAGCCUGCAUGAGUGCAAAGGUUUACAUAGUGCUGAAUGGUGAAGAUGGGUUUUCACAGACAAGUGAACUACAAGUCCCAGGAUGUGCUCUGUUCAGGAGGAACUCUCAAGACACCUUUAUAUUAAGUGCAGCAGACAGCCUGGGCCCAGUGUGGGGGGUUCACAUCUGGCAUGACAACUCUGGACCCUCCACCAACUGGUACCUCAAACAAGUGGAGGUAUUCGAGGUGAGCAGAGGGCAUGUGAAAGCACGUGCUUGGCUCUUUGUGGGUCAGUGCUGGUUGGCUGUGAACAAAGCUGAUGGCCGGGUGGAGAGAAUGCUGCGAGUUUGCACUCAUGGAAUCGGCUUCGCUAAGAUUUUGCGUCUUAAGCUUUCUGACUACAUGGCCGACUACCACAUCUGGAUGUCUUUGUACAGCUGCCCCUGCCCUAACGCGUUCACACACACUCAGAGACUUAGCGUGAGCCUGCUGCUACUGUUGGGAUACGCGUGUGUCAACACAGUUAUCAUAUCACAAAUGAAUAAUCGGUUGCCAUUCGAGCUGGGCAUUAUAGAUCUGUCAGCUAUUUCUCUGACAACCGGAGUAUUAAGUGUGGCGGCAGCGUCGCCUGCAGCUGUGAUUGUAUCUCUCCUGUUCCGACUGCGUGAGGUCAAGCGGAUGGGGUCAGUAGUCCAACACACGGAGGGGAGACGGAGGGACAAGGACCCUUUUGGAGAUGCCCUUUCAUUAAAUGACAGUGUGUUCAAGCCCCAUCUCUAUUGGAGUGGUCUUCAGCAGUGUGCGCAGGACACCUGGAGGAAGAAACACCAGGGCCCAGACCUGCUGUCAGUGUCCACUACUAUUCUGGAAAAUAAAAGCACAGGUAAUACACCUGAAAUCCAAUCAGAUGUAGACACAAGAAAAGAGGACUCUCUUGAAGUUAAGAACUACAUAAGGCCAACGCUUCAAAAUGUGUUGCUGAUUACGGAGAGGAACAAUGUUGAUCAAGCCCCCCGGGAAAAAGAGAUCUUAGAUCUUUUAAGUGAAAGCAGCAGGUUUCCUGGAACCCAGAGAGCUCUUUUGUCCGGUAUGAGGGAUGUAGGUCAUGCUAUUCAGAAGGAAGAAGAUCAUCAAGGGAAGUUUUCAUUGGACUGCAGCUUUGAGGAAGACUGCUAUCACCAGGCACCAGCACACAACGCUGGCAGGCUAAAAGGGAGCGGAUUGAGACCGUUAUCUCAGUGGUGUCACUAUCUGGCCUGGACACUGUGUCUGCUGUGGUCCCUCUCCUGCCUCGUGCUGUCUGCACUGCUGGGACUGAGAUUCAGCAGCAGCAAAGUUCUGCUGUGGAUACACUCUCUUUUCUUCUCUCUCAUGUUUUGCAUCUUCCUCAUCCAGCCAGCCGUGAUUCUUUCAGUGGCAGUGAGUGUUUCCUUUUGGCACAGGAAAAGAUCCGACUUUCAUAGCUUCUUCAGUAUAAGAGAGAUUGAGAAAGACACUCCAACACUGUGGAGCCACAGCGGUGCUCAGCAACCAGCAGAGCAGCUCGGGACAUCUGCUUUUCCACAGGAAAGAUGCUCAUACCUUGAAAAGCUGCUUGGAGCUCGUCAGCGAGCCCGGUACCUCCGUCUUGUGCGCCCACCAACUCCAGCAGAGCUGAGGAAAACCUGUGGAAAGAAAAGAAGAGAGACACUCAUCCAUUCCACUCUCAGGGAUUUAUCACUCUGUGGCUCCAUGCUUCUCCUGAUGCUAUGUAUGAGUUAUGGGGCCUCAUUCACUGACCAUUACCACCUUAAUAAAGCUGUCAGAACACAGUUCAUAAGUGGCCAUGGUGAUGCCUUUAUGUCUAUACAAACGCACGAGCACUGGUGGAAGUGGGCACAGAGCAGUCUCCUUACUUUACUGUACAAGAACGCAUCAUCCACAACUGAGUCUCACAUCUUGAUUGGAGAGCCAGUCCUGAGGAAGAUGGAGGUGUCCAACUCGUUUCAGGGUCAAGUCUCAGUGCCUCCAAAGACAUGUUGUCACCUGGGCUGCUACUUGGGACCAAGUACUACAGUUGGCUUAGGCCACACCAAGUCUAAUGCUGCGUCCAAACUGAAGCUGCUGCAUUCAGGUGGCUGGCUUUGCAGACAGACUGUGUCUGUCCAGUUCACCUUGUUUAGCCCCGCCCCCAACUUGUUCACCAGCGUGACCAUGCUCUCAGAGCAGAGCCCAACCGGCGUCCUGCUGCCCUCUGCCAAAGUCCACUCAGUUACACUGUAUCACACUCCUGCUGUGUGGGACUAUGUUGUCAUGGUGUGCCAGCUCCUCUUCCUCAUAUUGUCUCUGCUGCAGCUCUGUAAUCAAGUGUACGCUAUAGGGCAGCAAGGGCUGAUGGGAUACUGGAGGACACCUUUUAACUGUCUGGAAGUCAGUUUGCUGACGGUAUCUUUAUUGUACUAUGUUUAUUACAUCUAUCACUCCACCAUUAUCUUUGAGGUUGUGGAGCUGCUCCAGAGACAUAACUACACGGGACAUGUUGAUGUCAGCCUGCAGGCUAGCUCGGAACAAUAUGUUCGUACUCUGCGUGGCAUUACGCUCCUUCUUCUCACCAUGAAGUGUGGCACUAUGUUGAGGGUGAACAGGACCUUGGCAUCCUCUGCUGCACUCCUCACCCGGUCACUCUCCAGCCUUUUCUGGCCGACGAUUUCAGGUCUUAUCCUGAUGGUGGCGCUGGCCUGCGUUGGGAACCUUCUGUUCGUACAAAGAUCCCUGGCCUUCUGCUCACUUCCUCGCUCCCUUCAGACCUUGCUCUGUCACUGCUGGGGUUUCAGGGCUGUUUGGGGCCUUCACCUCUCUGACCAUGAUUUCCUUUACCGUGGAGUUCUCUAUCUGUCCUCUGUGGUGUGGACAGCAGUGGUGAUGGGUGUGGUGUCCUCCUUGGUCAGACGUGCUAAAAGAUCUCAAAGCUGGGGGAAUGUCUUCUCCGUGGCAGAGUUAGUUGACUACAUCAGACGGAGGGUCUCUGAGCUCACUGGGCAGCGUAGACGAGCAUGGAUUGAAAAUGUGGAAGGGAGGACUUAUUUCUUUGAAGAGUUUGAAAGCUUGGUCGAUGAACUAUUGUUCAGACUCAAUGCCCUCUCAAGCAGUCUGCACCCCCCUCCGCCACCCAAAGCCCAUCACUACAGGGAGGAGGACAGUACUGUCAUCCGACAGGAGCCCUCCGACACGGAUGCACAGGACUGUGUAAAAACACGAAAAACAGAAGGGGCGAUGAUGCACGAUCAGACAGAUGUCAGUGGCCAUGGAGAGACCGUACCAGAAUCUCACCUGCUCAGGUCCAAGCUUAAAGUGGAGAUGCUGCAGAGGGGCCAAAGGGGAGUCCAUUCCUCCUCUGUUGUGGUAUGGGAUGCUUCACAACAACCUGACACAAUAGCCAAAGAAAGCCUAAAAGGCAGAGAGCUCCAGACAUAUUUAAAGGCACCAAACCACCUUUUCCUCCCGGAGUCAACAUCACGCACCAGGACAGAAAAUACUCAGGAGAAGCCCGUUAAUGAAUGGACUCAAACAAAUGACAAUUGCUGCUUAACUAAAACACAGUCCACACAUACAGAGGUUGUGGUGGAAGUUUUAGUCCACCAGGAGUCUGGAAGCGUUAUGCCAGAUAAACAGUAGGGUCCCAGAUAACAAUGGUUGAUGGAACAACCAUUGCAAGGUUUCCUAUUCUAUUAAGGUUUACUGUAUUGUACGGUGUGUGUGCCAAUCAUCUUAUUCAUCUGCUUAAUUAGCAAAUAAUAUUACUUAGAUCACAUAACCAAUCUUCCAAGAAUGUUUGAUACUUAUGAUAUAAUACUGCAUAACUAGUUGUUUCAUGACUUGUUUAGUUCAAUGGUUUAUAAAACAAAAACACACCUUUUGUAAUGCAUAAAUAAAUGUAAGAAUAAAUGUAUUUUAGUUAGAUUCCUUAAGAG